AUGUUCCACCAAGGUGUUUCGAUAAUCCUCCGUGGUGUGCACACGAUAUGACCUUCAAUAGACGAGAAUAGAACAAGGCUAUGGUCAAAGGUAUUCUCCGUAGUCCGUUCUGGUAGGCAGCAUUGUGUUCGUUUGUUACUUGGUAGUGUAUGUCUGUGUGUGGGACGGUCAGAUGUGUGAGUCCUUUGUUCUUCCUCCCUCCUACGGCUGUUGCCGAGAACGCCAACGGGGGGGUUCAUUGGAAUGCACUUCCACUCCACUCCACCACUCCGCUCCACUUUGAUACGAACCCGGCCUGGCUAAAAGAGAGGAAGCGGUCAAGGAUGAACAUACAUGGACGACGAGUACGAGUACAUUGUUGUCCGCUUGGAGCGCUAUCUGGCAUGUUAGGAGUUUGGUGCUUGGUGCUGUGCUGUGCUGCAUCUGCGUCCAACCAACAUGGUCCCUGGUCGUAUCGUAUGUUCACUGUGAAUCCUUCCCCCAUGAGUCAAAUAUGACGUCGCCUCUCGAGGUCGAAACAUUCAUAUCUUGCUUCCCUCGCCAAUAAAUGAGUGA